CACGAAAGCGGACCGAGGGUCUCAAACCAGCUCCGCUCUGUUGGCUGCAUCCGAAGGUUCGCUCGUCUGAGAAGAGAGGCUUCUUCUGGUGAACCUCGUCCAGGGGACGAGCGCUGCAACACGCGUGCAGACACGGCGACUGUAGUGAUGCCAUGCGCUUGCCAAGAGAUGUCCGGUGCAGGACCGACUCACGACUUGUACAGCUCAUGUCUGCCAAUUUUGUCGGAGGGAUCCCGUCUCAUCUCCUUUAUGCCCCGUCCAUGCUUCGUCUCUUGUGUAUCCAAUAUCCCCCCUCAGUACAUAGCGCGUCUGUUUCUGGUCACCUAUCGGUCAAAGAUCCCAUCCUUGUCAGACCUCCGCGUGUCAAGUCUGACCCGCUCUUCGACUCUCCCAAAGCGCAUUCCGGUGCACGCCUUGGCUCACUCGCCCAGCAUGAUGCUCGCUUCCUCUCAGCAGCAGACGUCUGGCUCCAACAAACGAGGCUUCCUCGGCGGUCUGAGGCUCAAGUCCUCCCGCAGAACCCGCAGCGAUGCGAUCCCGCCCUCAGUGGGAAACGCAACCGCUCGCUCUGGUACCUCUCGCGAUGAGCAGCACUCGCGCGGCUUCGAUCACGCGGCUGGCUUCGACCACUCCUUCGACAAGCGUUCCAGUGAUGCGCCCACCUUCAGCAGCACUAGCUCUCGCCAAACUCUGACAGAGCUCAACGCAGCGGCUUCGAGCUCAGCACACGCCCAAGAGGCAGCACGUGCAGGGCUGUACGACACAAGGCCGCAUCCUACGGCUGCUUCCAUUGCUAGGAUGCCUCAUAGUGCCAGCCGACCCACGAUGAGCCGCACUCUUGCAUCCGACAGUGCAGUGCCUUCUACUAGAGGACUGGCCGACUCUGGCUUUCAUGAAAGCAAGAAGGUUGACGCUGCGAAAGGCCUCCAGGAUAGCAAAGAUUUAAAGACUCCGAAACCUCCCAGAGGCACCCUCAACUCUGCGCAAAAGCUUGCCUACCUAGACUGGCGCUUGGAGAACAUUCGAGUGGAGCAGGACAAGCAAGACACAUCCACGAGCUCGCGACGCGCGGGCGGCGCUGGAGAGACAUCAACCAAAGCGCAUAUCGCUGCCGCUGCGAUCGAGCAGACGGAGUAUCUGGACGAUGCUCCAGCCACAGAGACGUCUUUCCCGCCUGGCGUGUCCAUCGCUUCACAACAACGUUCUAGACGUGCUUCUGCCAAUCUUCUCGAUGGUAUUCCGAUGUCGAUCGACCCACAACGCAAGCCCACCAUUCGCAUUCAAGGAAGACCAUCAACUGCCGAGGUACUCGGAAGCACGACCGCGAAAGCUCCUGGACAAUUUAGUCGCCUCCCGUCUUCUCAGACACAACCCAGCAUGGCGGGUGGCCAAGUGCCAGGUCUCACGCGCAGUAGAAGCCAGCGCGAAACACCGUUGGCUACGCCGAGCAGCUUUAGCGGAACACCUGGCGGUGUGAAGCGGUCUGGAAGCGUGCUUGGCCGGCUGAAUAUCUUUGGCAAAGCACGAACGCCUGCCGAUCCUUCCAUGAACAGCCUCAGUCUGGCCACAUCUCCCAAUUCCGAAUUCUCCAACGGCGGUGGAUUCUUUGGACAGCAGAACAAGUUUUUGCACGGCGGCGCAUCCGUGUCUCGACAUGGCUCCACAGAGGAGGGACAGGAAGUCCUGGCUGAUGGCGUUAGCCCCAAAGCGGAGCAUUUCCCUACACAUGGAGGUUACAUUGCAGAGGACCAAUCUCGAAGAAUGCAGCGCGAAGCUCCUCCUCGUCCCGUAUCUCGCGCUGGCAGGCCUGUCUCACGAAGCGGUCACCGCGAGUCCGCGAAAGGCGACGUAGGUCGCUGGACGAAGAUUGCCGUCGUCGCCAUGGGAGGAUUUGCACCUCAAUACGCCUCGGAUGACGACGACGAGUAGGCAGGGACUGUCUGCGACCCAGACUUCCUCUUGUUGACAAAGGUAGACCGUCACGAAGACACGCCCCGCCACGUCG